AUGGUGGUGCCCGGCACGCGUGAGUCGCUCGACGAGGACUCCCUCACCAGCUUCAUCAUCAGAGAUGAGGCGAUGCAGGAGGCAGAGCGUCUCACGGAGCUCCUUCCGCAGGGUCGUGCAGGUGGUGGUCGACGGAGAAAGUGCUGGAUCUGCAUCGACCCCGACCACCUCUCCUUCGAGUACCCCGACCGCGACAACAGCGACGAGGACGACAACAAGGGAGGCAGUGGACAGUCCGCCAGUCGCCGUCCCCGUCGAGACGAGAAGCCGCGCAAGGAGAAGCAGACGUCCAAGAAGGCGUAG